AUGUUUCAGGAUGAAGACAUUUAUACGUUUUUUGAGCCAGAGCUUCCUUCUGGACCAACACCUACUCCAAGAGCCAAGAUGGUCAAAUCUGUAAACAGAACUGUUACAAAUCUUUCAGCGGGGACUAGUGGGCUUGUGUCAUUCAACCAUAAACCUCCUAUAUCCUAUCGGACCUCAGAGAAGAGAGCAAGCAAUCAUACAAAUGGGAAAUGGUGGUCUAGGAUGCUUAACCGAAUGACAAUGCAUGAAGGCUCAUUAGUUCUUGAUCUCAAGGCUGACAAUUACUUCUCUUGUGCAAGCUUGGAAAAUGUAGUAAAGAGAAUGGCCAAAACCUAA